UUUAUUUGACUUCACCUGCCCUUUUCACGUGAGCGUGGACGCCUUUUACAAUUUACGUUUUUAUUUUGAAAUACAUGUUCUUUUUUGAUUUUGCAAGUGGUGAGGACAAUUUGCAAUUGCAAUCAUGUUCAAAUUAUGAGUCUAUUCUGACUUCUCAAGUCGUACCCCAUGUGGACGGUUGGUGCAACGUGCAACUGGACUCCUCUCUGAAAGUCAGUGGAAAGCGCACCAGUUUGCCACCGUCAGCCCAAACAUUGGAACCCGGCAUAAAUGUCUCUGCUAGAGGACGUCUUACAUUUGCUGCGGUCCGUCCUGGAGUAUUUUGGUGUGUCCCCGGACAUGCUGGUUCCAGUAUGGGAAAGCCAGUUGUGUGGACAGUACCGCAGCGUUGUGCGCAUGAUAGGCACCAACCUUCCACUUACACCCUCACCUCGUGUCCACUUCCAGAUCCCUCUUCAUACUUACAGACAGCAUGGCUAUGUUGAUGUCACAAUGGACACACCUGCUAUCCCCUCAUUGGCUGAUGUGUUGUGGGUGGCGGAGGAUGAGGGGGACAGUUUUGCGAAGAUCAGGAAUUACGUGCAUCCAUGUAAGCAAAGUUCUGUGAGUAGGAGAGUUGAGGUGGUGCUGGAACCUCCAGGAGAAAAGGUUGGACAUCCGGGGCCAGCGCCCUCACAACCCCACAACAGAGGCCCUAUAACGGGGCAAAGGUCAGACCCAGAGGCCCUGAGGAAGAUCACCGUCCUGGAAGAUGAGUUGCUCAAGCUCCGGGCCCAGAUAGCCAUGAUUGUUUUGGCAGCACCACCCACAGCUCCACCCCCCACACAGAAUGUUCCGGAUACACCCGAAUCCCUGAUGUCUCCUCCGAUGCUCACCUCCACCCCUCGCUGCGCUCCCCCACCUCCUUCUCCCCCGCCUCCUCCUCCUCCCCCCCAGUCCAACUCCCCUGCGGUCGCCCCGUCCACUCUGGACCUCAUCCGGCAGCGCAGGGAGGCGAGCAAGCCCGGCGCCCAGGUGAAGGGCUCCACCCAGGGGCAACCGCCCCCUCAGGACCAAGGGGUCCCGUCGAUGCUGGAUGUGCUCAAAAACUUGAACCAGGUCAAACUGCGCACCACGGCGGAGAGGUCACCGGGGGGAACACCGAUGAGGAAGCGACAGAGCAGAGGCUCGGCGCUGCCGAACGAUCCCGCGGCGCUGAUUGCCGAGGCGCUGAGGAAAAAGUUUGCCUACCGUCGCCACGACGACUCGAAUGACAAGGAGAACCGUUCGGCGGAGCUGUCACCGUUUGGCAGCCCAGAGGUUCCCCUGCUUUCCAGGCGUAGCCAAGGACGACUCCACCGGUGACGUGUUACCUCUUGAUCACCUCAGGUUAACUGUGACCUCUUAAAAUCACCUCAGGUCCAAAAGGUCAACCAUUUACCAGCAGCCAAUGACAUCGCCAGCUGACGUGCCUACAUCAACUACUGCAACUGCUGACUCAGUUCUUUUUUUUUUUAUUCGAUGGUAUAUUUUAUUUUUAUUUGACCUUCUUUGCUUUUUUUCCUGUUGUGUUCCCUAUGGCAUUGUUUUUUGUUGUUGGUUUCUGCCAGAGGUGUUGAAUGUACUUCUACCAUGCAGUCAUUUCAAUGUUAAUUUAGCUGUAUAUAAGAUUUUCUUUUGUACUGUAAAUUGAAUGUUGUUUUUUUGUACAGUUUCACCAUGCCAUGUGUUCGCGUAGCUUGCAAAUGAUGUCCUGUUAUCUGUGCAUAUUUUAUUUAAUGAAAAUCUUUGGGGAAAUCUUUAAUAAUGAUGCAAGGGUGUUAAGCAGCUUUUGACUGCUUAAACCUGCCAUAAUCUUUCUUAGGUCUUGAAUGUAACCCUAUCAUUGGAAUAGUAAACAAGGGGAGGAACUGGGGCAGUGAUACUUCAAUGCUGGUUUUUCCUCCAUGCGACAUGUCUUUCGUUUUCCUCCGUUUACACUUUGCUGCUUUGCGUGACAUUGCUCCGGCUGUACCCAUGCAUGUGGAACCCAAUGUUGACUCCGACCGUCCAGUCGUUUGUCCAGUAGUUGUCGAGCUGAGUCGAAGACCAGGACUGUAUGUAUUUACACUGUGCUGUCAAUAUACAUGAUAUUUUCCACUUACUCCAGCCCUUUUUCCUCGUGAGGAUUCAUGUGGUGGGGUUUGUCUUGGCAGACUGGGAGGAUUCAUGUGGUGGGGUUUGUCUGUGUGUGCAUUAUACACGGAAAGACUGCAGCUGUUUCCCAGCUUAAGUUAGUAUCUAUCUGACGUCCACUCAGAGAUUUCCCAGUCCUCUCUUUCUUAAGGUUUUUCUCAGUGACGGUAGCAGCUGGUAAAACGUAUUUCCGAAUGCCAGGACUCAAAAGGAAACCCUAUAUACCACUGUAAGUGCUUACUGAAUCACCCGGUGUUGGUUGAUUUGUAUUUUCGAUUAAGUUAGUGCUUGGACAAAAUUAACUGGGUAAGUUGACCGGUUGGUCCUAAAAGAAGAUGACUGCUGCUGUCUUAGGCGGAUUGAUGAUUUGACACAAGCUGGGACCCAAAACAAUUUUAUUAAAAUAAAAAGAACAGUAGAUUUAUUGAUCACAGUGCUUGCUGAUGGCUGGAGAAGCAGGCCCAGGUGAUCAAGAGUUGCCGUGACGACAAGGUAGCAUUACAACGGGCUGUACAUAAAUUUGUUGGGCCAAAAACACAGGAACUAUUUCAAAGCUGCCAGACUGACAUUAACGUGUCAUUCUGUCAAUUGGAUGGAAAUAGCCACUUAGUUGUUAAACACCAAGUGACUGUGACAGCAGAGGUGUAUGCAGGUAAGUGUUUAGGUAGUUUGAUCCUACACAGGUGGUUCUGAGAUUGGCCUUUAUUGGUCCAUUACAGUAUUGCGCUACAUAACUGGCUGCUUCAUAUAAAGUCAACAGUUUACAUGAAUAGAACUGCAGGCUGCUUAAAUAGCAGCCUUCAGGCCGAUGUAGAGAAGUGGGUGUCAGGUAAACAAUAAGAUAUGACGUUUAUAGAAAGUGCUAGAAAAUUGCACAAGUUUGAUCAUACAAGAUUUGGUCAAAUCAUUUUAUAGACUAUAUGAUGUAGAAUUAAAUGAAUGUCAAAAAAAAGUUAAUUACAUUUACAUUGUUAACCUUAUAAAAAGCUGAUGCAUUUCAUUGUGAGCAUUAGAAGUUUAUGAAACUUUACAUUUGUGAAUUGCAUUCUCAGUGGAAUGAUACAGUUAAAAUACCCUUCUAUGGCCUAUUUCAAUGUGCGCGCGCGUGUCUGAAGGUGCUCUUCGAGCCAUAGAACCUGUCUUAAGCCUCGUUGAUAACAUCAUACAAAGUAAUUCAUCUAAACACUACCAGGAAUACGUGUAAUUGUUAAAACAUCUAUACAUUUUGAACACUAAAGCCACACAAACAGAUAUACAUAAAGAACAUGAGGGCACAUGUCCAGCCAUAUAAAGACUGUCACCCUCCUUAAGGUAUGGAACCCAAGAUGCAACUCAGCGACACUAAAGACGUCACAUGGCAUUGAGGAAUAUACUGUUCUCCAGGGAACCAAGAAGCAACGUUUAUGGAAUGUGAGUCGCUGACCUUGAGGUCAAAGUUCAUACAUGAACGUCAAAAGGUUUACAGUGCAUAUAUUAAGAAAAGACGUGAGAAGCAAACGCCAUUAAACGCAUUAGUAAAAA